GAUGGACGAUUUUGAUUUCAUUUGAGGCACUUUCCCUGAAGGCGGGGCAGGGAGACAGAAUUGUUGACCUUCAGAAGGCAAAGAGGGAAAGACCCAAUAGGCAGCCUGUUUAGCAGAGGAGAACAGGGAAAGUGCGGAGGAAAGAGGGGGAAAGAAACAGAGUGAGAGAGGAGGAGAAAGCAAGGUGGGAGAGCAAAACUCUGAGAGAGUGAAGUGACAGCUUGAGGAUUCAUCCAACGAGGGCAGGAACCAGCAACAGGUUUCCCUUUUCCCAAGGCCCGAACCCUUCGCCUGCUCUUCAUGACCAUGCAGCUGACACCCAGCCAGACACUUUGAGCCAAACAUCUGAUUGUGAUCAUCACUCAGACCCGCAGCACUGCUUCUUAUUUUGCGCCUGGGUGACCAUGAAAGCUGUGCUUGCAUACUGCUGUCUUCUUGUCCUUCUUCUGAUCAUGGAUGUCUGUGGCCAGCGAAGGCCAAAACCAAAGCCUGUUCGCCCAUCUACCACCAGGAAACCUCCUGCACCCAAGAAACCCACCUCUCCUGUCACAAAAUCCGAGCCUGAACCCCAGGAACCCACAGACUUUCCCCCUCCAAUCUUAGGCCCUCCUUCAGAAUUCUCAGACUGCCCCAGAGAGUGUUUUUGCCCACCAUCAUACCCAAAUGCCCUCUACUGUGAAAACCGCAACCUCCGGAAAGUCCCGGUCAUCCCAUUCCGCACCCACUAUCUGUACCUGCAGAACAACUACAUUGAUCAAGUUACCGCGGAAUCCUUCAAGAACUGCACUGAGCUAAAGUGGAUAAAUCUGGGAAACAACAGAAUCCGUUCGGUAGAAAAACAAGUGUUUGAGAAACUUCCAAAUCUCCUUCACCUUUAUAUGCAAAGGAACGAGCUGAAGGAGGUGCCCGAUGACCUGCCGGUCGGUCUGGAGCAGCUUAGACUCAGCCGCAACCAGAUCUCAAAGAUCCCUCCAGGAGCGUUCAGCAAGAUGGAGCAUCUCGCGCUUCUGGAUCUCCAUCACAACAGAAUCAGUGACAGCAGCAUGGGCAAGAACAUCUUCAAAGAUCUGAAGAACUUAAUUCAGCUCAACCUGGCGCACAACAUCCUCAGAAAGAUGCCUGCGAAUAUACCAAACACCCUCUUCCAGUUGUUCUUGGAUAGAAAUAACAUUGAGGAGAUUCCACAGGACUACUUCAAGAAUUUCGCAAGCCUGGCCUUCGUGAGACUUAACUACAACCAGAUUAGCGACAAAGGCCUUCCCAAGACUGUAUUCAAUGUCAGCUCACUGUUGGAUUUGCAUUUGGCCCAUAACAAGCUGAGCAAUGUUCCUCUGUUCAACUCCGAGUUGGAGCAACUCCACCUCAAUAACAACAACAUUGAGAGUGUAAACGGCACUGAGAUCUGCCCCCCUCACAACGUGCACGAUGAAAAUGGAGCACCCAAACUGAGAUACCUGCGUUUGGAUGGCAAUCACUUGAGUCCUCCCAUGCCCUUAGAUGUCAUCAUGUGCUUUAGGCACCUCCAUGCAAUAGUAAUAUAAGUUAUGAAAGAUGAACACAUUCAUGCAUGCCUGUGCACAACCAGGCCUUCCUGUCUACUUGAUAGUGCUGAAUUAACAGUAGGUGACCAGAGGAAGCAAGCAAGCAAUUAGGAAUAAACGGCAAUGCAUUUAAUUUUCAGUUUUUGUUCAGGAAUGUUUCAAAGUGUAACCUAAAAUCCUUCAACACACCAUAUUUAUUGACUUUACUGCAUUGAGUACAACUGAGCAUGAGUAUUCUGCAUUAAAUGUUUCAUGUGAUUAUACUGAACAGAACCAACAGCGAUGUCUGUAAGUGCGUUUAAUAAAACCUUAAAAAUAAAGGUACAUUAACUGACGUACUGUGCUACAGACAACAAGUAUAGUUACAGGGGUAGACUAAGGAUGCGUUUACACUGGUUCGUUUUCAGUGUUUUAGAAUGAAAAUGCUCCUCAUCUGUAUUGGCCUUUUUAGUGCAUUUCAGAAAAUUGAUAAGCACAUGAAGACCAUCCAAGCUCAUUGGGCAUGAACUUAUUGUGCUGGCAUUCGUACUUGCCAUUAACUGGUUGCAUAAUGGUCAUAUGAUAUGGGCUUGACAAAUCAGGGAACAAUACGCAAUUGUCCAGAAGAUCAAUCAGAGAGUCAUUAUGGAUAACCAAAACCUCCAUUUUUUAAAAGCCUGUGUUUUAGCUCGUCUAUACUUAAAGGGAACACUAGCAAUUCCAAACUAAUCUGGGUUUUUCAGCAUUUUCACAAUCAAAGAUGAUGGAGUAGUAGAGAUGCAUGGCUUAAUCAUAGUAAAGCGUAUACGUUUUAAAACAAAAACAAACUAGUGUAAAUGGCACCUUAGGGUGUGUUCACACUUGUAGUUCAGUCUGUUGAUACAUGUAGUCCUGGUUUACAACAUGUACACACUGUCAUGUUCAAGACCAAACCUAAAGAUUCAAAACAAACAGCUUUCAUGACUGAAUAUACCGAAGAUCCGAAACAAUGCAGUGUGCUGGGUUAAAUGCAUGUCUGUACGUGAAGAGGUGUGGUGCGGUGGCUCAGUGUUUAACAUUGUCGCCUCACAACAAGAAGGUCACCGGUUAAAGCCUCGGCUGGGUAAGUUGGAAUUUCUGUGUGGAGUUUGCAUGUUCUCUCCCUGAUCGCAUGGGUUUCCUCCGGGUGCUCUGGUUCCCCCCCACAGUCCAAAGACAUGCAGUAUAAGUGAAUUGAAUAAACUAAAUUGGCUGUAAUGUAUGAGUGUGUUUGGGUGUUUUCCACUACUGGGUUGCAGCUGGAAGAGCAUCCGCUGUGUAAAACAUAUGCUGGAUAAGUUGGCAGUUCAUUCCGCUGUGGCUACCCCUGAUGAAUAAAGGGACUAAGGCGAAGAAAGAUGAAUGAAUGAUUGUAUGUGGAGUUUAUUUAAUGUUUAGCGGUGUCUAAACAGGGUCAGAGUUAAGAUCCGAUUUAUGUGAUAUGGUGGAAUUGUUAGUUUGGCUUGUUGUAUUAAUUUUUCAGUCAAAACACAGCAGAGUUUGCUUUUGUCAGUGGUCUCAGUUCACUUGUUUGGUUUACACCAGGGUUCAGAUGGCAGCAUUACUUAUUCACAGGAAUUGCACCAGAGUUUGUUUUAAUCAAACUAAACCUGCCAAGUGUGAAUACACCCUAAGAUAUACGAUAAAUGGAGGAAUAAUGUAACUACUGUGUAGUUGAAAAUGUCCUUAAUGUGCCUGUGUUUUUAAGGUAAAGUGUGUAUUCCUUUGUUUAUCUUGUGGCAAUAUUUCUAUAUUAAUAAACAUGAACAAAAAGACA